GAUAAACUGGCCUUCUACUUAUGAUCUCCUGGCGUUUUGCAACUGCGAAUGUCUUCCACUGAAAACUCGCUGAUUGGCUCUGUAUUUGAACGCAAGACAUCUACAGCCCAGAGCCUACCCUCUCCAAGAUUCGCAAAAACUCCUGGCUCAGGUUUUCCAGCUGUCCAGCACAGGUCAAAGAGCGCAUUUGCUCGCGCCAAAGAAGAGGAAAAGAGCAGUAGCAAUGCCAGGCACACAACUGUACCUCUCGUAAACCCUGCGAGUCCCGCCAAACAACCUCGAUCUCGAGACCUUGAGGUGGAUUCACACACAGCCGAUGAUGCUAUGCGUCAACAGAUUAGUGACGAAAACGAGCGCCGAGUGGCUAAUAUGACUGAAGAGGAGCGAGAACAAGAGAGAUGCGAGGUUUUAGAGCAACUGGGAAGUGGUGCAGCGGACCUUCUGGAGCGUGUACGCGCUGCAAGAUCAAGAAAUACAACGAAGGCUCCCGCUAUAUCUGAGGGUAUACUUGUACCAAAUGAGCAGGCUCCCGAAGCUUCCCGCGAAAUUCCGAUCGUUUCUUCCCUACCUGGUUUUACCACCGGACGCAACCUUUCAAGGGUCAAGAGUCUGGAAGAUUUCGGGAAAAGAGCUCCUCCAAUCCUGGUGAAAAGCAGUACUAGACCUUCGUCACCCAAUAAAGCUAGUCGUCAACUUCGCUUUGCGGCAUUGACGCCUGGUGAUGUCUACGUGUAUGAGUCUGCACCAGUGUCUCCCAAACGAAAGGCCAUUGCGCUCCCUCCGCCUCCAGAUGUUCCAGACCCAUCGAUUGUCUCUCUGGGUACCUUUAAAGAGAAUGGUUUGCCGCCCCCAAGGGUGACGACAGGGCCUGCGCAGAAGAUUACGGAUGAUAGAUCAGAGCCCGAGGAAGGCACUCCAGAAUAUAUUCGGAGACGAUAUUUCCCGAAUAUGCCUGCAGACAACCCAUCCAUGUCUUGGAUGAAACCUUCGUCGUUCAUUUCGGAGCCGGUUUUGCUUCGCUUCGAUCUGACGGGUGCUCCUAUACCUGCAGAAAUCUCUGCUGCUCUGCCAUCUCAUCUUGGCUUGCAUCACCAUGCAGAUGGAGAUCACGCAGGGUACACUCUUGAUGAUAUAUUUUUGCUGUCUCGCUCCACUGUCCCUGCGCAACGCACCAUGAUGCUUAAUAUCUUAGUUGGCAUUGCGCGCCGGUUGGGCAUGCAAGCGAGGGACCCCAACUACGCAGACAGGAUUUCGGAACUUCAGGGGAAGGAGGAGGAACUACGAAAACGUAUUCUCGCCGCCGGCCUCUCCGCAAUGAACGAGAAGGGUGGCGUCGGUGUCCGGGCCAUUGAGGUUGUCCGGGAGUGUAUCGUCGACUGGGACGCAGUGUUUGACGCUGAGCAUGCCGAGUUAGAUCUCGCUCCUGCCAUCAUGUCCGUUUUGCAAGUGCCCGACUUCCUCACUCAAGCCACAGAAAUCUUCACGCAAGCAUCAUUGCCCCCUGAAUCCCUGGCUCAACUUCUGUCCAUUGUCUUUCGGUUAUCGCAGGAGUCGAAUACUAUUGCUGAUUCAAUCUUAAAGACCCCUCGAUUGCUCCCCGCCCUAGUACAGACAUUCCUUCUUACGCCUAUACCGCCCCCAUCAGACACACCCCUGCCUAACCCUGUCGCUCUCCAGUGCCUCACUGUCCUUGCGUCAUCCUCUCGGACUAACGCUAUGGCACUAUGUGAGCCAGCCGAUGCCCUUCUCCGUUUUAUUACCAUGCUGCCUCCUACUUCGCCCUUCCCCGAGUCUCUUGCCGCACAUCUUCUCAUAGAAACCCUCCGCCUAUAUGCCACUCUUGCCUCCUACGGUCUAUAUUCGCAUAUAGCGACAUCUGCCGCUUCCUACUUUGCUUCCUUGUUCACCUAUAUCGUCUCAUCCAAGUCGAAACCGCUGAAAGUGGCAUGGGCAGGACUUGUGGAAGCAUGGAUAGUCUGCGCAACGGAUCCGCAUCACACGACUCCACCGCAUGAUAUCUUGUGGAGCCAGGUGACUAGCUGGGGGUGGGGUGCCGAGGUGCUUCAGCUUCGCCAGGGAAUAACGGAAGAGGAAGGAGAAGUAUGGGCAGCCAUCUGGAGUGCUUCAUCUGCAUGGCUCGAGGGUGCUCAGGUCAACGGCAUAAGGGGAGGAGAGGGAGAACGUGCAGAGACUCUCAACACAAUCCAGGACGGCUUUAGCAAAGGAGUUGAACAUAGCGUAAGCGACACCGAACGUUUGCAGCGCAUUGGUAUGCAUGCGCGCGUGCUUUCCUCUGUAGUCCGCCUCUGGCUUGCAUGUAUGCCUGUCACAAAUACCGACGCAAACGCUGCCUCUCCGCUUGGUGCCCCGCCGUUUAACCUUCCUUUCACCGAGCUAUCGUCCUUCUGUGCCUCUGUCGUCUCGCAUUCCCUUUGGUCGCUUGUUACGGGUGUCGAGCGAGCUGCCUGCAAGCACCUGGCAACAUUUUUGGCGUAUUUCCAUAGGUUAUCUCGACAUAUCCCAGGGACCUCACCUGACCUCUGGGUUGCGCAGGGUGUGGCAAUUCUCGAAAGGCAGCUCCCUGGAGAAGAAGAGCACGCUUUUCAGAUCCUUGGGGCUAUUUUAGGAAUCCUCACGCCACAGUUCCUCGGCGCAAUGGCACACCCUAGCAUUUGGGAGAAGGGCGGAUGGAGCGUCAUCAAGCCUUUUCUGGACUACACAAUUCGCCCGAACCGGGAAGUAUACAUUGCCCCCAGCGAUGUCACACCAGAGUCGAUCAUGCGGUGUACAACUCUUCGCCUUCCAUCGUCCAGCUCCUUAUCAUCUGUCCCUGACGAGCAUCGCCCAACUGGCCUUCCGUUACCUCAUUUGUGGCUUACUUCACCAAUUGACCAUCUUCUUCGGUCUGGGUCUUCGCCCGUUUUCAAGGCACUUCCCUCGUCGUGGGAUGCAUCCGAAGUUGACGUCGUUCGCGCGUCGCUGCUGUUUAUCAAAGCCACGCAAGAAAUUGUGUUCGCCCUGAAGCGUUCAGAGAUGGUUUUUGCUUGUAUGAAAGUGUUCAUGCUCGAACACGGCCAACAGCAGGAAUAUCCCUCACCGGCAACAGGAGACGAAGAAGAAGUGUUCCGAGACCUCAUUGUUUCGAAAUUAUUGUCUGACCUCCUGGCACCGUUCACCCUCAGUGCUGCUUCUGCUUCGUCGCCCUCAUCCAAAUUGCCUGAUAUUGACCUAGAGCAGGCCUCUCUGCCAUUCCUCGGAUCGGGCACACCUUUUUACCAAUUUUACACAGACUUCCUGGCACUAUACGACGCUAUCUCUUUCUCACACCCAACCUUCGCAUCCCUUCUCCUUCCACCUCUCGCGCUAACCUAUCCCAUCGACUAUCGUCGGAUACUAUGGGCAGGACUUUGCGCAUGUGCUGCGUACUGGGAUCUCAGAGAUUUCCUGUACCCGAUCGAAAAAGGCGAAAUGAUCGGAAAAUACGCCUGGUGCGCUUCUCCAAGGAUCAUUGGGGCUGAGCAAGAGGAUGCGGCCAAGAUGCUGUUGAAGAUGUUGGUCGAGAAAGGAGAUGGACGCGUUGUGCGUGAGGUGCUGAGAUAUCGACAGGUUCGUGAAGAAACGGUUGUUUAUCCCCCUGCUUGUUUUGAAACAAGUGGGGAAUGGAUAGCAGACCGAGCAGAAUUUGCCCGGCAGGCGUUGGGCAGCGAGUUGCAUGCGAGACUUGAGGGUGUAUUUUAUGGUUAGUAUAUUGAAUAUUAGAUAUAUGAAUUACAUGCGGGUGUCCGUGUAAUAUUUAUCACACAGCAAGAUGUAUUGCAUACCACCUUUGGGGAUUCCUGA